AUGCUAAAGGAUAAUAGAACUAAUCCUCAAACACGAAGGACAAUUUCACAAGUAGAACAUAAUCUUAAAGAAUUAAAAAUAUCGAAAGUGGCUUCUGUGUUGAUUGAGAAUACUUCAUAUAAUGCACAAAAUUUAGAUAUUGCAAAGAAUCAAUGCAAUACCUAUUUGCAAAAUAAAGAAAAUAAUUUCAAAAAAUCUACAGAAUUGAUGCCGCCACCUAAAUUACCUGUAUCUUCUAAAACAAUAGACUGUGUAUCAAAUGUAACUGAUGUUGAAAAAAGUAAAGCUGACAAAAAUUUUAAUAUUGAAAAAAAUGAAGAAGAAAAUAUUACAAAAAGUAAAAAACAAAAUGAAAAAAAGUGGGUUUUAACUGAUUUUGAUAUCGGACGACCUUUGGGGAAAGGAAAAUUUGGAAAUGUUUAUUUAGCUAGAGAAAAAAAAUCAAAAUUUAUUAUUGCUAUGAAAGUACUGUUUAAAGCACAAAUACAGAAAGCUGAUGUAGAACAUCAAGUUAGAAGAGAAAUAGAAAUUCAAACACAUUUAAGACAUCCAAAUAUUUUAAAAAUGUACGGCUAUUUCCAUGAUGAUAAAAGAGUAUAUUUAAUUUUGGAAUAUGCUCCAAAUGGAGAAUUAUUCAAAGAAUUGAAUGCUCAACCAGGAAAGCGUUUCAAUGAAAUUAGAACAGCAACAUACAUAUCUCAACUAGCAGAUGCCUUGAAAUAUUGCCAUAGUAAAAAUGUAAUACAUCGUGAUAUCAAACCUGAAAAUUUAUUACUUGGUAUUAAGGGUGAAUUAAAAAUGGCAGAUUUUGGGUGGUCUGUACAUGCACCCUCUUCUAGAAGAAAUACUCUAUGUGGCACUUUAGAUUAUUUACCACCAGAAAUGGUUGUUGGAAAAACACAUGAUCAUACUGUAGAUUUAUGGGGACUUGGUGUUCUUUGUUAUGAAUGUUUAGUCGGCACUCCUCCAUUUUUAGCUACAACUUAUGAAGAAACAUAUCUAAAAAUCAAAAAAGCUCAAUAUAAAUUUCCAGACUUUAUUAGUGAAGAUGCUAGAAAUUUAAUAUCUAAGUUAUUAGUAGUUGAUCCAGGACAAAGAUUACCCUUAAAAGAUGUUUUGACACACCCUUGGAUUGUACAAAAUCGAACAACAGAACCACAUGUACCAUAG